UCAGCCAGAGGUCUCUGAGAUUAAAGCUGAGCACAAUGAACUGGAGAUCCCCCAGACAGAAGAACCCCUUCCUGUUAAACAAGAAGAGGUGCUGGAAAUUGUCUGUAUUAAACAGGAGCCCCCUGAAGUAGAAUUUGACCACAAGGACCCAGGGAAGGAAGAAUCCGAGGACUUCAAACCAAACAUCCCUGAGCUGGAGCCUGUACGCCUGUGGGAGUGUAGCGUGGUGCUGGAGAGAAUAUGCAUGAGAGAGCAAGGUGCUGGAGAGGAAGGCUUUCCUAACAGCAAGCAAGGAGGUGGAAAGGAAGAUGGACAGUUACGUUCAGAAUGCAGUCUAACAGGUUCCACUCCAGCAGCAGGAGAGAAACCGUACCGCUGCUCUGACUGUGGGAAGAGUUUCAGUCAAUCAGGAAACAUGAAAAAACACCAGUGAAUUCACAGAGGAGUGAAGCCAUAUCUCUGCUCUGACUGUGGGAAGACUUUCAGUCAGUCAAGCAACCUUAUUUCACACCAGCGAAUUCACACAGGAGUGAAACCCUAUUGCUGCUCUGACUGUGGGAAAGCUUUCAAUCAGUCAAGCAACCUUGUCUCACACCAGCGAAUUCACACAGGAGUGAAACCAUAUUGCUGCUCUGACUGUGGGAAGAGUUUCAGUCAGUCAGGAGACAUGAAAAAACACCAACAAAGUCACACAGGAGAGAAACCAUAUCGCUGCUGUGACUGUGGGAAGAGUUUCAAUCAGUCAAGCAACCUUGUUUUACACCAGCAAAUUCACACAGGAGUGAAACCAUAUUGCUGCUCUGACUGUGGGAAGAGUUUCAGUGUUUCAGGAUACCUGACAACACACCAGCGAAUUCACACAUUAGAGAAACCGUAUUGCUGCUCUGACUGUGGGAAGACUUUCAAUCAGUCAAUCAACCUUGUUUCACACCAGCAAAUUCACACAGGAGUGAAACCGUAUUGCUGCUCUGACUAUGGGAAGAGUUUCAGUCACAACCUUGUUUUACACCAGCGAAUUCACACAGGAGUGAAACCAUAUUGCUGCUCUGACUGUGGGAAGAGUUUCAGUGUUUCAGGAUACCUGACAACACACCAGUGAAUUCACACAGGAGAGAAGCCAUAUCGCUGCUCUGACUGUGGAAAGACUUUCAAUCAGUCAAGCAACCUUGUUUCACACCAGCGAAUUCACACAGGAGUGAAACCAUAUUGCUGCGCUGACUGUGGGAAGAGUUUCAGUCAGUCAGGAGGUCUGAGAAAACACCAGCGAAGUCACACAGGAGAGAAACCGUACAGCUGCUCUGACUGUGGGAAGAUUUUCAAUCAGUCAAGCAACCUUGUUUCACACCAGUGAAUUCACACAGGAGUGAAACCAUAUUGCUGCUCUGACUGUGAGAAGAGUUUCAGUCAGUCAGGAGAUCUGAAAAAACACCAACGACGUCACACAGGAGAGAAACCGUACAGCUGCUCUGACUGUGGGAAGAGUUUCAGUCAGUCAAACAGCCUUAUUUCACACCAGCGAACUCACACAGGCGAGAAACCGUAUUGCUGCUCUGAUUGUGGGAAGAAUUUCAGAGUUUCAGGAGACCUAAAAAAACACCAGCGAAUUCACACAGGAGAGAAACUUUAUCACUGCUCUGUCUGUGAGAAGAGUUUCAGUCGGUCAGGACACCUUGUUUCACACCAGCGCAUUCACACUGGAGAGAAACCGUAUCGCUGCUCUGACUGUGGGAAGAGUUUCAGUCAGUCAAACAACCUUAUUUCACACCAGCGAAUUCACACAGGAGAGAAACCGUAUCGCUGCUCUGACUGUGGGAAGAGUUUCAGUCAGUCAAACAACCUUGCUUCACACCAGCGAAUUCACACAGGAGAGAAACCAUAUCGCUGCUCUGACUGUGGCAAGAGUUUCAGUUACUCAAACAACCUGAAAAAACACCAACGAAUCCACACACUAGAUUACAUUGUAAUUGUUAUAUGAAAACAAUGCUACAAAGGUUAACCUUUACUGUACAAUUCUUUUUUUCGCUCUGUGUUGACCAGUCCUGUAUAUAAUCCCAGAGCGUUUUGUCCACUGUCUCCCAAUGCAGCAGUUAGGAUAUGUUGCAAUGGAGCUGCACUGACUCAUGCUGGAGGCUCAUUGCACCAUUAUUAAAAUAUGGAUGCGGUGUUCAGUGUAAUAAGAGAUUACUGUUCUGUUAUCUUUGUGUGUGCUUUCUGCAGUAAUCAUUACACUUAGACCCCCUCCCAAGCUGUACAUUUAAGAAUAAAACAUGUUGGGAAAACAAAUACAAUAAUAAUAUUAAAAUGAUAGUAAGAAUGGAUCAGCAUUGCAUCUUCACCGUCUAAGAGCAUUCUGCUUGGCUCUCCAAAAACACCACCAAGCAGUGGAUGGGUAUGGUGACUGAACUGCCACAGCUGGGUUAGUCCAGGGCAGGCUUGAGGCACAGAGAUUGAACUGCUCCUUCCCACAAAGUCUAUAGUAUUAUUUUUUAACUUUCUUACAAAAAAUAAUCAUUUAGAAAUCCUCUCUAGUUUGUGAUGUUCAGGAGUCUCCAACCGUGGUCCAGGAGAGCCCCUGUCUAGCAGGUUUUAUAGGUGUCUUUACAUAAUUAGUGGCUAAAGAUCUGGAACACCUGUUAAUCUUGACUAAUUAAGCCAGUACUUGGUUCAAUUAAGUAAGAGAUUGGUUGAAGCGAAAACCAGCAGCCACAGUAGCUCCCCAGGACCAAGGUAGAAGACCCCUGGUGUAGUUUAUACUUGCUGUAUGUCCCAUCUCCGUUCUGCUCUGAAUGGCUUGUGGUCCGUUAGUACUGUAGUUUCACCCUGUUCUGACCGAUCUCGUUGACUGAAG